GUAGCCGAAAAUUCAAGCGAAGGGCAGGAGGAACCGAGGCUUGUCUAGCCGAACCGAGCGCGCGGGAAGCGAGCAUCGUCCGUCGCCCAAAAACCGUGGCCGCACAUCCUCCGUCGCACCUGUUGUUUUCCCUUUUCCCGCCAAGUUCGUCCAAAAAACGUGGCUGCACAUCAUCCGUCGCACCUGGUGUUAUCGCUUUUCACGGGGAGACAUGCGAUCGAGCGGGAAGAGAGCAAUAGCAAAAGCAAAAGCAAGCUGAGGGUGGUCGCGGGAAACGGCAGGAGGUGGAGGUGAUGGCGGGAGUUCAGUCGGCGACCGUGCGGACUCUCCUGGGAAGCAGGCAAGCAAUAGAACGUACUUCAUCAGCUUCGGCCGCCAUCGCCGAUCUUCCACGUUCGUCUAGGGUGCUCAUCAGCCAAUGGACAAACGACGGACGACUUGCGUCCCUCCGAACGGAACUGCGACCCCCCGCCCGGUCGAGGGACGUGCGACCGGUCGUGCAGUCCACUGCUGGUGAGUGUGUCAGUUGCCGCCACCUAAGGAGAAGGAAGAAAAGGUUGGGAAAGGUGGUACUUGCUGUAAGACUGGGCUACAGCAGACACUUGCAGCAACGAGGAGGAGCAGGAGGAGGAGGAGGAGGAGUGAGAGAGGGGUGGAUAGACUGUGUAUACCGGAGAGGUAAGAACGUGAAGAUCGACCGCAGGGAGGCGGCGUCGGGAUCUCAGACGUUGAUUGGGCGAUUGGGUGGCGGGAAGGCAAUUGGGUCGGGAUCUCUGCCAUCAUGGUGUCAGAUUGGACCGGCGGUCGCGGCAAAGGGUAGGGGGAGUGGGGUAAGGACGGGGAGAGGUUGGAUUGCAGCUGCUGCAGCCGGAGAUGGGGAAAGACCGACACCUGAGUCCUUCGAUGAUGGAGAGGAGAAGGCAUGGAGGGACCGAGAAUCGUCCUCGGGCACCAGCAGCGGGGGUGACCUUGCGAUCCUGUUGGAAAUCGACGGUGUUCUGGCGGAUGUGCACGAGAUGGGUCAUCGGCAGGCCUUCAAUGACGCGUUCGCCUUGCUGGGAUUAGAAUGUGCCACGUGGGCCGAUAAGGUGUAUGCUGACCUGGUACUUCGAUGUGGUGGGGAUGAGAGCUUGAUGGUCCGUGCCUUCUUUGAUCGGAUUGGCUGGCCGAUGUCCGUAGCGACUAAGGAUAAGGAUAUUUUCGUGAAGAAAGUACUGAUGUUGAAGCAGUCCAAGUUUGAGGAGAUUGGUGUCACGGGUUCGAUUCCCCUCCGACCGGGGGUGGAGGAUUUCAUCGACGAGGCGAAGGCCUCCGGGGUGCCCGUGGCCGUGAUUAAGGCGGGAAACAGAUCGGGAGAGGUGAUUGCAUCGUCCUUGAUGGGGAAGCUGCGAGAAGAUACGGUGGAGAAGUUGAUAGUGGUAGGGGAGGAGGAGGUGGCGGGCAGUGCGUACACUCAGGUGGCAGUGUCCAGCGGGGGGAUAACGUCCCCUGCGCAGGACGCGCUGGCCAGUCUCGCGCAGAAAGCAGUGUUGGCGGAGAAACAGAGAGUCGCGUCGGAAAUCGCGGCGAUCUUAAGCGUAAGCGUCGGGAUCGAGACGGGAGGAGCGCUGGCGGCGAUGGACGGGGAAGGGGAAGGAGAGGGAGAGGGAGAGGGAGAGGGAGAGGGAGAGAGAGGCGGGGCGGGAGGAGGAGGAGGAGGCGGAGGGGAGGCGCGGACUGUGGCUGGCGGAGGUGGGGCAAGCUCUGUACAAGUGGCGGGGCUGCUCACCGCUGUGGAACUCCUCGGUGUUCCGCGGGAGAAUUGCGUGUUGCUUGCCGGUAGCAAGUUGGGAUUGGAAGCCGGACUGGCAGCCGGGAUACCGACGGUCAUCGUGAAGACGAAGCUGACAGCGAGGGGAGAGUUCCCGGAAGCGCUAGCGUCGUUCGACAGCUUCGGAUUUGGCGAUGGCGUCAAACUGCCGCAGCUCCGCGCAAUCUUGCGAACAUGGAGGGAGUCCAUGUCAUCCAACAGGGGCCGAUCACGGACAUCCGCGUAGUAAUCCACCGUUUUGUGUCUUCCGUUAUGGCCCUUUUGCCGCUCAGGAUCUGGUCUCGUAGAGCUCUCCUCCUCAAUUCUUCAGAGGGCCCUCAAGGCCGUAUCUUGGAGAGAUCUUUACACCCUGCACUGUAAUCCAAGUUCAUCUUGAGUCGGCAAAGCGUGUACAGCCGCAAACGAACUCCCAACCUCUGAUCGCGCUCGCAUCUAGUGCUCGCCUGUCUUCCACGUGUUAUGUGGUUUGAGCGUUUCCCAUGUUUUGUCCAAGUACCAAAGUCAAGUACCUUCAAGUUGUGCCAAAUAGUCGGCAUCAGUUUGUUCAGAGUGCCUGCAACACUAUUAGGGGGGGUCGACUGGGUUGCAGAUGGCUUUGUCGUUGUGUUUCUUCACCAAUGGCGGACAAUCAUCUGGUGACAUCCUGGCUCUUGACGGGGCGUGAACCAAGAGUCUGCUGGGUUGUUUUCCAUAAACUGUGGCUUCUUGGAUCGACUUUGAAGGGGCAGAGUGGAGAGAAGAGAGCAACUCAAGAGUACCACAUGGUUCCAUGCAUCUGCACAGCUUUCAGUUCUGUAUAAUAAAUUAAUAAUUGCAUUAUAUAACACGUACUAGGGCAUUCGAUUGCAACCACACGCAACAUUACAAUUCACUGACAGGUUCCCAGCACGUGCGGCUCCCCACGAAUAGAUUGGAGCAUUGUUCCCAAAAAAAAAAAAAAAAAAACAAACAAACAAACAAACAAUUCACUGACAGGCUAUCAAACCAUAAAGGUAAAGAUAAUUUAUGUGAGGUUGCAAUCGAAUGUUAUGGCCUUAGGGCCAGAGUCACCAAUCAGCAGAAAACAGUGUGAGGAGACAAGAAACAGAGGCUGAUGCAAAGCAUGUCUUAAACUACUUUGGCAUAAUCAGGGUCUUGUGUCUCUUUUGUCUGUAUCUGUCUUCCUGUGUCCGUCAUACCAUUCGAUUGCAAGCACGCUGUGUUGAAACUUAUCACAGAUGUUUGUGACUUCCUGCCCUGCCCUCUUUCUCAUGCUCAAAAAAAAAGUGAUACCCUCAUUCUCAAUUUCUCGUCCUCAAAACCUCGUAACGGGGUGGUGGUCCCGGCGUUCUCAUGGUCAAGGAGAGAGCUACAAAUAUCUGGCGGGGAAAAUUUAACCCACCUUCCCGUUCCCUCUACAAGUAAAGGACCAACAUAUCCACCUAUACGUACCGAGCACCUUCUGUAUUAUGUCCGCCUAGCUCCUCCUCGUCAUCGGCAUCGCCGUUAUCAUAUUUUGAAUCAACUGCCAGCCACAGAAAGAGAUGUUAAUCUCCUUUGCGCUUGGUGCUGUCCUCGCAAUCUGUCUUCGAGGGUGCCUGCUCUCCUGUUUCCAACCCACACCCCCGUUCACAACCGUCGUCGCACCAGCUGCAUGAUCUGUCUUGUGAACAUUGAAGCAGCCUUGUACUACCCACUUACAGUGUUGUGUGGCAACAUCCCUCGCUCAGCACCGCGAACGUAAAAAGAAGCAUCAUCGCGUCUAUACCUCAUACUGCGGACACUGAAAAAGCCUUUGCAGUAGUUAACCACUAAAAGCAUUAAGUCA